AAAGAAGCGGAGGGGGCCACGCUGCUGGGAGAAGGAGAGCCGAGCGAGGCGGCACUAGGCGACGACCCGUCCCCAGCCGCAGGCCUGUCGCCGGGUUCCUCCCCCCCGAGCUGGUGGUGGUGGCGGCGACUGCAGCGGCGGCUCCUCUCCUCUUGGCCCUCGGCGCCGCCGCUGGGGACCCAGAGCUGCCCCUGCGCGCCAGCCCGCUCCAUCGCGCACUGUUGUCAUGGAGGAGCCAAAAUGGCGGCCUUGGCCUACACCCUGGGCAAGCGGGAGAUCAACCACUAUUUCAGCGUGAGGAGCGCCAAGGCGCUAGCGGUCGGCGCCGUCCUCCUGCUUGCUGCCUGCCACGCCGCUUCCCGCCGGUACCAAGGAGAUGAUUCUUGUGAGUACCUUCUUUCCAGUGGGAGAUUUCUUGGGGAGAAGCUAUGGCAGCCUCACAGCUGUAUGAUGCAUAAAUAUAAAUCUGGUGAAGCAAAAGACUGCCUUGCAGACAAACACAUAACGUUUAUAGGUGACUCUAGAAUUCGUCAGCUGUUUUACUCCUUUGUAAAACUCAUAAAUCCCCAAAUUAAGGAGGAGGGAAACAAGCAUGGAAACAUUCCUUUUGAAGAUAAAUCUUCAUCCCUCAAAGUGGAUUUUCUAUGGUAUCCGGAAGUCAAUGGCUCCAUGAAGCAACGGAUCAAGUCAUGGACUGAGGGGUCCUCUCCAAAGCCUCACAUAAUCAUAGCAGGAGCUGCUACGUGGUCCAUCAAAAUUCAUAAUGGAAGCAAUGAAGCCCUCACGCAGUAUAAAAUCAAUAUCACAUCGAUUGCGCCUCUUCUGGAGAAACUGGCAAAAAGCAGUGAUGUCUACUGGGUCUUACAAGAUCCAGUCUAUGAAGAUAUGUUGAGUGAAAGCAGGAAAAUGAUCACUAAUGAGAAAAUAGAUGCCUACAAUGAAGCAGCAGUCAGCAUUCUAAACAGCAGUUCAAAAAAUUCGAAGGCCAGAGUGAAAGUAUUCAGUGCGUCUAGGCUGAUAGCAGAAGAAACCAUAAUGCAGUCCUUAGAUGGUUUACAUCUUCCUGAAUCAAGCAGGGAAAUGAGUGCAAUGAUUCUCAUGAACGUGUACUGCAACAAGGUUAUGAAGCCCAUUGAUGGUUCCUGUUGCCAGCCUCGACCUCCCAUCACUUUGAUACAGAAGCUGGCUUUUUGCUUUUUCGGUGCAUCUGCAGUUGGAUAUUUGAUUUUGGUCCUUAUUCGUCGUAAUGAUCAUCGGAAGAAUAAGCCAUGCACUGAUAUGGAAAGUGGAGAAGAGAAGAAACCUACAACGAAUACUUCAGCCGUUUCUACACUAGAGACACUUUUGCUGUGCUUGUGCAAGCUUGGCUUGAUUAUGGCCUACUUCUACCUGUGCGACAGAGCAAAUCUGUUCAUGAAAGAAAACAAGUUCUACACUCACUCAUCCUUCUUCAUACCAAUCAUUUACAUACUGGUGUUAGGGGUGUUUUAUACUGAAAACACUAAAGAGACUAAAGUGUUAAAUAGGGAACAGACAGAUGAAUGGAAAGGCUGGAUGCAGCUUGUAAUUUUGAUCUAUCAUAUCUCUGGAGCAAGCACUUUUUUGCCUGUUUACAUGCACAUCCGGGUAUUGGUUGCUGCAUAUCUGUUCCAAACAGGCUAUGGACAUUUUUCAUACUUCUGGAUUAAAGGAGAUUUUGGCAUUUACAGAGUGUUUCAGGUCUUAUUUCGGCUGAACUUCCUAGUUGUGGUACUGUGCAUAGUGAUGGAUCGGUCUUACCAAUUCUAUUAUUUUGUUCCUCUGGUCACUGUCUGGUUUAUGAUUAUAUAUGUUACAUUAGCUCUGUGGCCUCAGAUAGUCCAGAAGAAAGCCAAUGGAAAUUGCUUCUGGCAUUUUGGUUUGCUGCUGAAACUCACUUCCCUGUUCAUUUGUAUAUAUUUUCUGUCGUGUUCUCAGGGUGCAUUUGAGAAAAUUUUUUCUCUUUGGCCAUUGUCCAAAGGUUUUGAACUAAAUGGGAGUGUCUACGAAUGGUGGUUUAGGUGGAAACUAGAUCGAUAUGUCGUUUUUCAUGGGAUGUUGUUUGCUUUUAUUUAUCUAACGUUUCAGAAACGGCAGGUCCUAUCAGAAGGAAAGGGAGAGCUGCUCUUUCCCAGCAAAGUUUCAAACCUGUUGUUAUUUAUUUCAGUAGUUUCUUUUUUGACGUACUCUAUCUGGGCAAGCAGCUGUAAAAACAAAACUGAGUGCAAUGAAAUGCAUCCAUCUGUUUCAGUUGUGCAGAUAUUAGCUUUUAUCCUUAUAAGGAAUAUACCUGGCUAUGCUCGUUCUGUGUACAGUUCAUUUUUUGCCUGGUUUGGCAAAAUUUCUCUUGAGCUCUUCAUCUGCCAAUACCACAUUUGGUUAGCAGCAGAUACCAAGGGGAUCUUGGUCCUUGUGCCAGGAAACCCCAUGCUCAACAUUAUUAUCAGCACUUUUAUAUUUGUUUGUGCAGCACAUGAAAUUUCCCAAAUCACAAAUGAUCUUGCACAGAUCGUAGUUCCAAAAGAUAAUGUGGUUCUGCUGAAAAGAUUGCUAUGCGUAGGUGGAUUUUUUUCAGGACUUCUCUUUUUAUCAGCAGUUGAAGAACAAUCAAGGCAUUAAGUUCUGUGAAAUUCUUAAAGCUUAACUUCCGGCUUACUUUGUGUCUGCCUAAGCCAAAAGAAAAAUUAGCUGGAAUUAAACAGCACAAAAAAAAAGAGUCAAAAUGAAGUCUACUGAACUUGUAUGAAGUGGAAAUGUCACCAUUUUGUCUGGUCAUCUCCACUGACUAAGGAACACGGACAAUCAGGAAGGCACUGUGUACAGCUGCAUGUAAAAAAAUACACCUUUUCUACUGGAGCAUUAUUUCUGUUUACAGCGGUGUAAAGAUGGAGGAAGGCUUGGUUAACCAAGCCAUUUGGUGACUAUUGCAUCCAUUUUACUUUGAGGCAUUAUCGAGUUGUUAAAUAAUUAGUAGCAUAGUGCAGUUAAUGUAUUUGUAUGUUUCAAGAAUCUGCUUUUGCUGCAAGGAGUUAAGCAACCUGACCCUGCAACCAUAACAGUGCCAUCCUAAACUGAAUUCCUCGCCUUAGUCCAUUGCAGCCAAAGGGCUUGAGAGGGUGUCACAUAAAUUCCAGUCAUUGCAUAGAUUAUUUAAAGAGGGCAGAAUGCUUAAACGCUGCAACCUGUCCUUAAGAAUUCAGCAUUUUGAUCCAUGAUCUGGUUUUUCUUACAAUAAUAGGGGAUGUUCUGAAUUAAGAAAAUUAAUAAUGACAAUUAUUUUGAGCAUAGCUACUAUAUACCAAGGAAACUCUUUUAACGCUGCAGGGUGUGUGUGCUGCUGACAUUAAUACAAUCUUAAUAUUCAUGUUUACAAAUUAUAUUAUCAGCAUUUCAGUGAUGGUAGUUUUCAGUAAUUUUGCUGUUUCAUUUGGAAUGCCUGAGCAGUCUUAUUCUGAUAUUUCUAAAAUUGUUUUCUUUCUCAUCCAUGUUUUCUUCUGUAAUCAAUUCUAAGCAUCUUAAAUACUGAUGUCAGAAGUUCAGUGAAAAUGAAAUGUCCCCUGCUGUUUUCAUAUCUUUUUUUUAUUAUUCUGCUGUAGUAUAUUCACUUGUAUAGAAAAAAUUAGUAUUGUUCAACUCCCCUCCUCUUUGACCACUGAGAUUUAGGAACUGUAAGUGUAUCUAUUAUACGCUCUUCAGUGAAGAGUUCGAGCAUCUACCUAUGACUAUCAUGCAGCUUGUAUAAACACUGGGUUGGCUCUGAAGAUCCAUUAGUGGUGGUCACAGAUCUUUCCCUGCUUUCUUUUCCUACCAGCAGUUCCUUCUGACCCUGGGAAACGUUGAUUCCCAGGGUUGCAGGACCCACAUGGAAUAAUAGCCACAUGGGUCACUGUGGUGCAGGGAGGACGGGGAAGGGAGUGAAACUCUACCUCUUCCAUCAGUGAGACAAGGAAACAAUUUUGUCCCCUUUUACCUCCUACUCCAUGCAAGUUCUGAGACCCUGUGAAUCAACUGUCCUUGAGUCAGAAAGGACUGUUGAGAGAAGGGGGAAAGCAUGGAAGACCUGUGAUCUUUGUGUGCAAACACAUUGCUAGAUGUAAUCCACUGUAAUUGUAAUCUAUUAUUUUCAUUUUGGAAGGUGUAUUUAUCUCAAUCCAAGUUCUUUCAAUGUUAUGAAGAGCAACCCAGAUUCAACUGCUUGAAAGGAGGGGAAAAUAACCAUAUCUAAAAUAUACAAUCUGAAUAUGCUUCACUCAUCAAUGCUUUAAAAGGGCUGUAAAAAUCCCCCAUGUGUGUAAAAAAACCCACCAACCUUAAAAAUGAGAAACGGAUUGGUUCUCUGCUCUGAAUAGAUGCAUUAAACAGCUGCAGGUAAUGGGUGGUAGAGGAAAGUUGUUUGUGCUAGAUCAAAGUACUCUAGAAUUAUCUGUCUCUUCUUUCUCCUUACCAUUUUAUAUGAAAAAUAACAGUUCAGAUUGAAAGAGGCAACUGCAAUUUAAAUUCUGCAGAUUAAAUUCAAUACUGAUCCCUUGACUUGCUGAAAUAAUUCCAGACUUUUUUGUUUUGGAGCAAGAGGACACAUAUACAAAUAAUAAUAAUUGUACAUAGCAUCCUCUGAUGUUUUUGGAUAAAUCAUACAUGGGUUAUAAUCCAAAGUUUUCUUUUCAGAAGCUUCUGUUUUAGCACUGUAAGGAAACUAGAUGAGACUCUAGGAGAUCCAUGACUUAUCUUCCUGGACAUAUUUUAAGGCUAAAUUACAGUUGUGUGCAGCUCCAGUUCAUAUUGGGGCCCUAUUGUGUGUGUGUGUGUGUAUGUCUCCAGAGGGCUGGGGGAUAAUCCAUUUACCAUGCACAGUUUUACUUACCCAAACUUCCUUCC